GGCGGUUCUGAGCUCCGCGCGCCUCGGGAUCCAGGCGCAUUUCUUUCCUCUUGGCUUCCGCACGCGCCGCUCGGCGGGGACCCUCGGGAGCGAUGCCGAUGGAUGUGAUUUUAGUUGUGUGGUUCUGUGUGUGCACCACCAGGACAGUGCUGGGCUCUGGGAUGGACCUCGACCUUCAGAUGGAUAUUAUCACCGAGCUUGACCUCGUGAACACGACCCUUGGCGUCACGAAGGUGUCCGGACUGCACAAUGCCAGCAAAGCGCUUUUAUUUCAAGAUACACAGAGAGAAAUCCACGCGGCCCCUCACGUGAGUGAGAAACUAAUCCAGCUGUUUCGGAACAAGAGUGACUUCACCUUUUUGGCCACCGUACAGCAGAAGCCAUCGACUUCGGGAGUGAUACUGUCCCUUCGAGAACUGGAACACAGCUAUUUUGAACUGGAGAGCAGUGGUCUGAGGGACGAGAUUCGGUAUCACUACAUACAUAACGGGAAGGCCAGGACAGAGGCACUGCCGUACCGCAUGGCAGACGGCCGGUGGCACAAGGUCGCACUGUCUGUGAGUGCCUCUCACCUCCUCCUCCACGUCGACUGCAACAGGAUUUAUGAACGUGUGAUAGACCCUCCUGAGACCAACCUUCCCCCAGGAAGCAAUUUAUGGCUUGGUCAGCGCAACCAAAAGCAUGGCUUAUUCAAAGGGAUCAUCCAAGAUGGGAAGUUCAUCUUUAUGCCGAAUGGAUACAUAACACAGUGUCCGAACCUGAAUCGCACUUGCCCAACUUGUAGUGAUUUCUUAAGCCUGGUGCAAGGAAUAAUGGAUUUACAAGAGCUUUUGGCCAAGAUGACUGCAAAACUAAAUUAUGCAGAGACAAGACUUAGUCAACUGGAAAACUGUCAUUGCGAGAAGACUUGUCAAGUGAGUGGACUGCUGUACCGAGACCAAGACUCCUGGGUGGACGGUGAUCACUGCAGGAACUGCACGUGCAAGAGUGGUGCUGUGGAAUGCCGAAGGAUGUCCUGUCCCCCUCUCAACUGCUCCCCAGACUCCCUCCCCGUGCACAUCGCUGGCCAGUGCUGUAAGGUCUGCCGACCAAAAUGUAUCUAUGGAGGGAAAGUGCUUGCAGAAGGCCAGCGGAUUUUAACCAAGAGCUGUCGGGAGUGCCGAGGUGGAGUUUUAGUAAAAAUCACAGAAGCGUGCCCUCCUUUGAACUGCUCAGAAAAGGAUCACAUUCUCCCAGAGAAUCAGUGCUGUAGUGUUUGUAGAGGUCAUAAUUUUUGUGCGGAAGGACCUAAAUGUGGUGAAAACUCCGAGUGCAAAAACUGGAAUACAAAAGCUACUUGUGAGUGCAAGAAUGGUUACAUCUCUGUCCAGGGAGACUCUGCCUACUGUGAAGAUAUUGAUGAGUGUGCAGCUAAGAUGCAUUACUGUCAUGCCAACACCGUGUGUGUCAACCUGCCCGGGUUAUACCGCUGUGACUGUGUCCCGGGAUACAUUCGUGUGGAUGACUUCUCUUGUACAGAACACGACGAAUGUGGCAACGGGCAGCACAACUGUGAUGAGAACGCCAUCUGCACCAACACCGUCCAGGGGCACAGCUGCACCUGCAAACCGGGCUACGUGGGGAACGGGACCGUCUGCAGAGCAUUCUGCCAAGAGGGCUGCAGAUACGGUGGAACGUGUGUGGCGCCUAACACAUGUGUCUGUCCUUCUGGAUUCACAGGAAGUCACUGUGAGAAAGAUAUUGAUGAAUGUACAGAGGGAAUCAUUGAGUGCCACCACCAUUCCCGCUGCGUUAACCUGCCAGGGUGGUACCACUGUGAGUGCAGAAGCGGUUUCCAUGACGAUGGGACCUAUUCACUGUCCGGGGAGUCCUGUGUUGAUAUUGAUGAAUGUGCCUUACGAACACACACCUGUUGGAAUGAUUCUGCCUGUAUCAACUUGGCGGGGGGCUUCGACUGCCUCUGUCCCUCUGGGCCCUCCUGCUCUGGCGACUGCCCCCACGAGGGAGGACUGAAGCGCAACGGGCAGGUGUGGACCCUGAAAGAAGACAGGUGUUCUGUCUGUUCCUGCAAGGACGGGAAGAUCUUCUGCCGACGGACAGCCUGUGACUGCCAGAAUCCAAGCGCCGACCUUUUCUGUUGCCCAGAGUGUGACACCAGGGUCACAAGUCAGUGCCUGGAUCAACACGGACACAAGCUCUACCGAAGUGGGGACAACUGGACGCACAGCUGCCAGCGGUGCCGGUGUCUGGAAGGAGAGGUAGAUUGCUGGCCACUCACUUGCCCCAAUUUGAGCUGUGAGUACUCAGCCACCUUGGAAGGGGAGUGUUGUCCCCGCUGUGUCAGCGACCCCUGCCUGGCUGAUAACAUCACCUACGACAUCAGGAAAACUUGCCUGGACAGCUAUGGCGUUUCGAGGCUCAGCGGCUCAGUGUGGACGAUGGCUGGAUCUCCCUGCACGACCUGCAAAUGCAAGAAUGGAAGUGUCUGCUGCUCGGUGGAUUUGGAGUGUCUUCAUAACAACUGAAGUAUUUUCAAUGGACUCAUCAUCUUGGGAGAAAUAUGGACAAAAUGACCAUCCAACAUGAUGAAGAACAGGAGUUGGUGUUUUUUGUUUUGUUUUGUUUUUUACCACAAUUACCAAAGUCUCCAUCGAAGGAAGGUGUUUGGGGGUUGCCUUUCGGACCUGCCACUUUGCUCAUUCUUGCUAACUAGUCUAGGUGACCUACAGUGCAGUGCAUUUGAGUCUAUGGUUGUUAAAAGAAGUUUCCCCGUGUUGUAAAUCACAUUUCCCUAAUCAGAUCAUUUGCAAACACAUUUAAAUGAUCCCAUGGUAAAUGUUGAUGUAUUUUUUUGUUGGUUUAUUUUGUGUACUAACAUAAUAGAGAC